AUGGUUCGAAAAUUGAAGCAUCAUGAGCAGAGGCUCCUCCGCAAAGUCGACCUCGUCACCUACAAGGGCGACAACGACCAUCGCGACGCUGCCGUUUGCCGACGAUACUGCAUCCAAAAACCUUCCGACUACACCGCGUACAACCGAUUAUGCGGCUCAUUACGACAACUUGCCCAUAAGCUGACUCUGCUCCCACCCGAUGACCCGGUCCGGAUCCGCUAUGAAGAUCUCAUGUUAGAGAAACUAUUCGAUACGGGGAUAUUAAGCACCGGCGGGAGUGGCAAGGGCAAACUCAGCGAUGUCGAGCACAAGGUCACAGUUAGCGCGAUGGCAAGGAGAAGAUUGGGCGUGGUGAUGACACGGCUGAGGAUGGCGGAUACGGUACAGGCUGCGGUGAAGUUCAUCGAGCAAGGACAUGUUCGUGUUGGAACUGAAGUUGUGACUGACCCUGCGUUUCUCGUGACGAGGAACAUGGAGGACUUCGUCACCUGGGUCGAUUCAUCCAAGAUCAAGAGGAACAUCAUGCAGUAUCGCGAUAAGCUUGACGACUUUGAACUGCUAUGA